AUCUUGACUAAACUUUGCAUCAGCUCAACCAGGUGGUGGUCACCCAGGUUCCCCUAUGCAAUGCAGCCUAAAGCCAAUCUUGGUGAUUGUUUGAUGCAGCAGCUAGCGUCCAAUAUAAGAUUCUCCGUCACGGACGGCACAACCUACAAGAUAACAUCACCGUGUGGCAUGAGACUGUGAGGACAGGUCCUCUCUAUUACAGCAACUCACCGGGUGCGCAAUUGUCCAUGGCUGCUCCAAGCGCAUCUUGCCUCGUCGGUCCCGUCCCGUUCAAGGACAUCGCCACCGCCGUCGACGACGACCACAGCUCCCCGCCCGAAGAGUACGGGGACGUCGUCUCCGACCUGCCCAGCACCACCGCCCUAGGCAUGGUCCUGCGCCAGUACCGUGGCUCCUGGGUGAUGCAAGAAAGGGUCACCGGGUUCAUCUCUCUCCAGCGACGCUUCACGCCACGCCCCGGCGACGUCCUCCUCGCGAGCCCGGCCAAAUGCGGCACGACCUGGCUCAAGGCGCUGGCCUUCGCCACCAUGGUGCGGGGCGCGUACCCGCCCGCCGACCCUCAGCACCCGCUCCUCCGCAUGAACCCGCACGAGUGCGUCCCCUUCAUGGACGAGCUGUUCACCGCCGGGCAGGGCGCCGGGCUUGAGGCGCUGCCGUCGCCUCGUCUCAUGAACACGCACAUGCAUCACGCCUUGCUGCCAGCCUCCGUUACUGAUAACCCCGACUGCAAAAUCGUCUUCAUCUGCAGGGACCCCAAGGAUAUGCUCGUUUCCUUGUGGCAUUUUCUCAGAGGUGUUCGUCCUUGCACGUUUGCUGACCUGUUCGACUCUGCCUGCGAGGGGAAGACCCCCAAUGGCCCUAUAUGGGACCAUCUCCUCGGCUACUGGAGCGCAAGCAAGACCAGCCCGGACAAUAUCCUUUUCCUGAGGUACGAGGAGAUGCUCGUCGACCCGGUCGACCACGUUAGGAAGCUGGCGCGGUUCAUCGGGCAGCCAUUCUCACAGGGGGACGAGGUGGCGGGGAUUCCGGCCGACAUCGUGAAGCUCUAUAGUUUUGACAAGCUCAAAGGCCUAGCCGCCAACAAGGCAGGCUCCUACGACGGGAAGGUUUUCAAUUUCUCGCAUGAAUCCUUCUUCAGGAAAGGGGUGGCCGGAGAUUGGGUGAACCAUAUGACGCCGGAGAUGGCGCAGCGCUUUGACACCAUCAUCGAGGAUAGGCUUGGAGGGUCCGGCCUCACAUUCAAGUGACCUCCAUCUGUUGCCAAGGGCGGAGGUGGUGGUUGUUGCAGUGUUGGCGUUGAUCGCUUCGACAUGCGUAAUGUCUUUUGUUUGGUUUCUUUCUUUCUACUUAUAUAUAUAUUCGUUAUAUGGUUGUAUGACUAUGUUCUGAACUGAAAAUCCGCAAUAAAAGACGGCAUAUGUAUCAAUCGAUGUAUAAGCCGGAGGAUCCCCCUCGUUUCUAGAAUAA